AUGGAGCCCUCGCGGGCUUCGGACCACGUCGCGCACGCGGCGCGGGUGGCGCUCCGGGGCGCGGGUUUGCAGGUCGACAUCAGGUCCGAAGCCGACGUGCACAACGACGGCUACGCCCUGCGGAAAUUUACCGCGAAGGGCCGCGCAGGAAUCAGUUGCCCCGCGCAGGCGCGCCGAUGCAAGGGCGAUAAGGAUCUCCUGGACGACGUUGCAGACGAUAUUGACUUCAGAUUCGGCGUGCGCAACGGGAACAAUGCCGCCAUGAUCGAGCAGCCCACGCACCUCGAGGCGAAGUUCGGCCACCGCCGUCGCAUCUGCAGAGGCCGAGGCGCUCGCGCGUUCUGGGUAUGCGUGAUGGGGGCGCGGGUUGGAAGUUACGUGGCCACUCGCGCGGCAAUCCUUAUAGCAAUGGAUUGGUGGUGGAAGCUCUGGAUGGCCCUCCAAACUGGUAACCCACUAUCGGAUCCCCAUUUGUGGGGCGUUAUCUACGCCCCCCCGCGCCGCUGGGAAUGGAACCGCCACGAGGCGUCGAUUACAUGUGGAAGCAACUUUGUCAUUCACGAGUGGGCCGUCUUCUUCCAGUGGGUACAUGGCCCAUUGAAUUCAGUCGCUAACUACCGCGUGUGCUUGGCCUCCGUUCAGGAGGUCCGAGAUAAUUUCAAUUGGAUGCUCAAGCCUUUCCAAGAGUUCGACCCGUGGAUUGCGCACGACAUGUUCGGUCACAUCCUUGUCGUCGGCUUUGGGUCGACCUACAAGUUGGGGGACAUCGUUGCCAGGUGCGGCCAGGUCUUCGAGGUCGCUAGCCAGGCAGGGAUCAGCCAGGGGAAGACACAGAGAGGACCUUCGAUCUUGCAAGACCAGGACUUCAUUUUCAGGCUGGGCUUGCAGUCGUCGUUCGACUUCCAGGGUGGUCAGAGCUUCAAGGGAGACGAACCCAUCGCGGAGACGGCCUUCGCUUUCGUGUGGGAGCCCGUCGCAGCAGGGAUUGGGAAGAAGGGCGUCUUCUCCGAGCGUCCACCCAUGGGAAUGCUGGGCGCGUUGAGCAAUGGCGCUGAAGCGAGGGCGGGGGACCCGGAGUGGCUGGAGUGGAUUGCACAAGUCUGGGAUCGAACAAUCAAUUUUGAGCAGCGCGUCGGCGCCGACCCAUUCCUUGAGGCACCGCCGAAGCAGCAGCAGGAGAUGCGCGAGGUUGCAAAGGUGCGUUGCGCGCCUGCGCCGGCCGAGGAGACGCGCAGCGAGAUCCAGGACCAAGGUAGGCAGUCGAAGGCUGGCGCCUUGGGUCGCCAGGCGAAGUACCGCCGCACGGCGAUGAGUGGAGUUUGGGAGGCGCCCGAGAUGCCGCCGCCCAAGCCGACCCUCGAGGACGAGCAGACGACGAAGACCGUCGCGAUGAAGCACAGCGCGUUCAAGUCCACGGCUGGUGACUUCUCGUUGGGGGGAUCUCCCAUGACGUUGAUUUGCACGGUGGGCAUCGUGGGCAGUCCACUUGUAGAGCCCUUUCCGUGCCAUCUGGAUCAGGAUCUCCAGACGAACUGGUUGGCGCUCCUGGUCGAGCCAGGCGCGUUCCUCUUCAAUGCGACCGCGGGCUUGAAGACUGGCGGGCGCGUUCUGUCGGUCUCGGAGCACAGCGCCGCGCGCGCCACAGUUGCGCCUAGCAUCACCAAGUAUGUCAGGUACUUCUGGUUCGAGCGUGGGGAUCGCACGACGUGGUUCUACGCGGAGCCCGCCCCCCGGGACGACUGGGUCUGCCGCCCUUGCGAGGCAGCGCCGCCAGCGCACUUCAACAAUGCCUGCGUUGGGCGCCCCGCUGGCAUCGCGGCGAGGGCGAAGGGGCCCGUCGGGCACCCCGUCGCGGCCUACGCUGCCGAGUUCACGUUCAGGGGGCUGAGCAAAGCUUUCCUUGGGGGGCCCAUCCGCAACGUUGGUGCUGAUUUGGGGGCGCCGACCUUGGAGGUCGGGGCGGCCGAGCUCCUCGCGGCGACUGCGCUUCCAGGCCCCGCCGACGCGGGGCACGCGGAGAUCCUCGCCCACCGGUCGCUCAAGGCACACCCGAUGUUCAGCGCUGUCCUCGCGGAGGAAAACGUCGAGCACAUGUGCAACCCCCCGGGGGGCGUCUCGCUCGCGGAGGACACGGGGCAGGAGGCCGAGGUGCGCGCGGCGGCCGCCCGGGAGAUGGCGGCCGACGCCAAAGGGGCGAUCGCCGCGGUCACAGGCGGGGGCAAGGGCAGGGGCGAGGGCGCGGUCCUUCGCACCCCUGUCGGCGCUGCAGACCAUGCGACCCUCGACCAGGCCGGGCCGCGCCUGCCAGGCGAAGCCUUCGGGGAGCUGCUCGCCGAGCGCGACGCCGCCUGGGCAGUUGGAAACAGCGCGAGCAAGUGGCGCGCCAGGAAGCGCCAAGGGUGCGCCCGCGCAGCGGCGGGCGCCUGCGCGGGGGCCCUGGGCUGCGAUGGACCGCUGGCGGAGCCGCUCGCGGCAGGGCGGGUGGCCGAGCCGCUCGUGGCGGAGCCGGUCGCGGCGCAGCAGGGCUCCCGUGGCAGGGAGCGGCAGAUGCAGGCAGCGCGCGGCGACUUGCCCCGGGGCUUCCUGGGCGCCGACGCCGCGGGCCUCGACCUCGCAGACCGCAACGCCCUGGACAAACAUGACGUCGAGGAUAGCAUUGGCACCAAGACCCUUGCCACCAGCAGCGGCCGCAUAAUCCGCGAGACUGCGGCGAAGAAGCUGGCCGAGCGGGCUGCCCUCGAGAUUGCUGACGGCGCCAACUACCUCGGGAUGAUCCUCGUGCCGCCCGUGAGCAACGAGCACUGGGCACUCUCGCUCGCGGAGUGCAAGCGCGGGGUCGCGGAGCUCGCCAGCGCGGGAGCCCGCGCUUCGUUUUCUAUGCGCAUGUACUUUGCUUGCGCCGUCCUGGUCAUGAGCUGCGUCGCUCAGUUUGCCGAUCACUGCCGAAGUGCGACGUCCACGAUCGGAGCCGCGGCAGUAUCGGAGACAACAACAUGGAUCGCACAGCACGCAGGCCGGCGGCAGAGGCAGAGACAUGGCCCGGCCCCGCGGCAGACCAUGAGCCCUUCGGCGCCCAGAGUCGACCAGCGCCGAGAGGGGCCCCCCCGCGAAGAGCAGACGCACGUGCGUGUCUGGGUCAAGAACAUGGACUGCGCCAGGGUCAUCGGGCGCGGCGGCAGCACGAUUAGGGAGCUGCAGCAGAAGUCGGGCACCGUGAUCAUGGCGAUGCCCGAGAGCGACAUGGACCCCGAGAGACAGGAGAGGUAUGUGGACAUCAUCGGCGCGCGCAGCAAGCAGCGCACGGCCCUGGAGAUGGUGCUGGAGCUCGUGACUUAUUGCUGCGAGGACGAGGGAGAGGUGCUGAAGGACGAGCGCUGCGUCGACGGCAAGGACGAGGGCAAGGUUGUGGGGUUCCAGGCCUCCGAGCUCCGCAAGGUGAUCGGGAAGGACGGCGCGACGAUCACGCAGAUCGAGCGGGAGACCGGCGCGAAGGCCGAGGUCGACAGGGAGAGGUCCCAGAUCCGAUUCUACGGGACCCCGGCACAGCAGGAGAGCGCCACAAACAUGCUCGUCGAGGAGCUCGACUACGCGUGCCGCGAGGACCCGGGUUGA